AUUUCGGUUCAGAGUCAGCUUGGUUGUGUUAAAACUAGUGUUGGCAAUAUCUUACCGAUGGUUGGUUCAUGCAAAUAAGGUUCUUUGAAACCCCUGGUCUUUCUGUGAUUUUGUACAGCUAAUCUGGUUGGUCCACAGAGUGUGUAACUUUGAUGUUUUAUCUUAUCAAAUGAAGCUUCCUCAGCGGGUUAUAUUGGGAAAGGAUCUGAAACUGGAACAGUAGUCGUUCACUGCAAAAAAAUGACUACAUUAUCCUAGAAGGACCAUAAUUAUCACAGGACUAGACUUUAGAAAAUAAAGGUUUUGAAAACUGACAUGGAUCAUUUUCACAACAAUAGGGGAAAUUCGAGUAUGUCAAAGCAAAGUGACAUCAACUUGGGCCCUUCAGCCAAUCCUUUUGCCAAACCAACAGACUUUGAUUUUCUAAAAGUUAUUGGAAAAGGGAGUUUUGGGAAAGUUCUCGUUGCAAAACGUAAAUCUGAUGGCAGAUUCUAUGCAAUCAAAGUUUUGCAGAAGAAAAUGAUCCUUAAAAAAAAUGAGCAAAGGAACAUAAUGGUAGAACGUAAUGUGCUGCUGAAAAAUCUCAAGCAUCCUUUUCUGGUUGGGCUUCAUUACUCCUUUCAAACAACUGAAAAGCUCUAUUUUGUCCUGGAUUAUGUGAAUGGUGGUGAGCUCUUCUUCCAUUUGCAACAAGAACACACGUUCCCUGAGCCCAGAGCGAGAUUUUAUGCAUCAGAGGUGGCCAGUGCAAUAGGAUACCUACACUCCCUCAAUAUUGUGUAUCGGGAUUUAAAGCCUGAAAACAUUCUCUUAGAUUCUCAGGGUCAUAUUGUAUUAACAGACUUUGGUCUAUGUAAAGAAGUCAUAGAACCAACAGGAACAACAUCUACUUUCUGCGGAACUCCCGAGUAUCUUGCCCCAGAAGUACUAGGAAAACAUCCAUAUGAUCGUACUGUUGACUGGUGGUGCUUCGGGGCAGUCCUCUAUGAGAUGCUGCUUGGAUUACCACCCUUCUACAGUCGGAAUGUAGCUGAGAUGUAUGAUAACAUUCUCCACAAGCCACUCCACUUGCCAAUGAGCAUAUCAACAGCUGCUCGUGACAUUCUGACAGGACUUCUACAAAAAGAUCAAAAGAGACGAUUAGGAGCUCAAGCAGAUUUUAUGGCAGACUCGUACAUAGGAGAGAGCCAUUGAAUAUCACCUUGCAGACUUCCUGUUAUUAUUUGACACUCACAUAAUAAGCCACUCAAUAAGCUCAAAGCCUUUGAACAAAGAAAUAUAUUAAAAUACAAUCAUGUGUUUGGUAGAAGCAUGAGUACUAGUAUUAUAGUAUUUAAUGGUUGAAUGGUACUUUAUUUUAAUAUGUACCUAAGUACAGUACAAUGAAAUGAUUUUUGCAUACAGUUCAGUAAAUAUUUUACUAUACAUAGGCACAGUCAUAUUCAAGUACAAGAGAGUAAGAAUAGAUUACACUGAAACGGCAUAUAAGCAUUGCCACGUUUCAAUUACAAUCUUGUACCCUUCAAGUUCAAAGGUCUUAACUUGCCAUAAAAUAGGAAUGUUACGAAAUUUUGAGUUUAAAAAUCAAGCCUGUAAUUUAUCCCAUCAGAUAAAGCAUAAACAGAACUUUAAUUUGAAACCUAAUUCACUUUCAUAUCUUCAGUAUUAAAAAGGUUAUGGCCAUUUUCAUACUCGGAAAUUAGCAUCUUGUUCCCUAUUGCUUUUCCAUUGACUUAACACAAAAGCUGUGAUCGAGGACAGUCGAAAGCCCAUAACUUUCUUAAAAAGUAAGAACUGAAUGACAUUUUCAGUUAUUAUAGAUUGAAGCAUUCUGAAACAAAUAUAAAGCAUCUUACUUGGAUGACCUGAAAUUAUAGCAUAUAAUUAGUUAGUUACCUAAUUGUAGCUAAUUUCAAAAUUGACCGUUGUGACGGAAAUAGACCUAUAAACACCCAGACUGCUUUGAAAAUUCAAAAAUGUGAUAUUCUCAAAAACGUUAAUAUUAUUGUAUUAUAUGCUGUCAGUCCGUAACAGACAGGUAAAGAAAUCACAAGUUCUAGAAAAAGACCAAGUCUUUAUGGAGAAGAUCAGUUGCUAGCUGGUACAUUGGCAUAUCAUAAUCAGUACCAUCAUCAUACUCCUCAGAUUGUAACCACUAAGCAACUCUGUACACCUUGUUUUUCCUCAACUUUUCAAUGUUGGCAUUGUAAACUACAAGUUUUUUGCUCUUCAAACCAUGCAUGACAUGCCUUUCUGCCCACUACUUUCCCAUUAAGAAUGUCCUGUAGAUCAUCACAUUUAGAGUAGUCCAAAUUCGGAUAAUCUCUGCGAAUGCUGUCUAAAUCAGUCUCUUUUGCUGGGCAUUUGGAUUGACAAUUUUGCAUUUCUUCUUCGGAGACAUCUGUUUAAAAUGUAAAGGAAAAAAAAACACUGAACAGCAUUAACAGAAACAAGUUAUUAUUUGCAGUUUUAGAAAAAAAGGUAGAAAUUAUAAAGUUAAACACUAAAACAAAUAGUAAAUACUCAACAAAAAAUUAAUAUUCAUCAGUUUCAUCAAAUCAAUUAAAUUCAUCUAAUCAAUUAAAUUAAUCUAAAUUCAAUUACUAAGUAUCCAAAUAACAAAUAACAAACUGAUCCCAUUCACACAAGAAUUCACAAUAUAACAUGAUUUUUAAAUCUCACUUUGUCAUGAAUUUAUAUGCCAAAUGGAAGGAAUUUAAUGUUUAAUUCCCAUAAAUUAAUCCAGAAACAUCCACUCUCAAGAUAAUCAAAAUCAUUAUUUGUUGCACAAUACAUCUGACAAACUGUACUGUGGAUAUUUAGUAUGAAAAUAUUGAUCAUGGGUAGGCAAUAACACAAAAUAUAGAUGAUUUAGAUGUUCUUGUGACAUGAUUGUGCAAAAAAAGAAUGAAUUUGAUUAUCUUGAGAGUGGGUGUUUCUGGAAUGUGAUUGAUUGGAAUGUUGCCGUUGCCAUAAAUUUUAAGCCCAUAUCGGCAGGCAAGACACGGCCAAUUCGUAUGUGGACCUAAAUAACAUUUUUCGCAUCAUAAGAUUAAAAUUAAGCCACACCAAAAAGCAAGAUAAUAUGUCAAAUAAACAACAUACCUUGUGUUUUGUCCUGAUAUUGCGAUCCAUGAUGUUGAAGGCAUUGAAGGCGUUAGGUCGUGUUUAACUUCAAAGCAGCAAUUACAUUUUUUUUUAAACCCAGGAAGGGAAGCUUAAACGAUUUUUCUUCAUCAGCUAGCAGCCCGAGGAAAAUCCCUCUCCGACAACCAAUACAACACAGCAUUUUAAUCCCGCAACCCCCACCAUGAUUGAGAGGCAUGGAAUGAUCCAAAAUGUCCAGAUAAUAUCAUAUAAUGAAAAAUAGCAAAGAAUGAUUAUCAGUUCAAACGAUAUCAAAAAGAUUUUGAUCAGCUAGAACAAUGAACAGAUGCUGGAUACAAUUUAAUAGGAAAUUUGAGUGAGAUUUGGCAGAGAGAAGAUUGCACUAAAUUGGUAUAUACAGGUACUCAGGUAAAGGAGCAGGACAACUAUCUUGGAAUUUUCAUGGAUGGGCCAUCUAAACCAUCAACCGAAUGUUCCUUGGCUGGUAAGAAAAUGCCAAUUGAAUAUAUAGAAGCAUUAUCCAGAGUAUACAUAUAUCAGGAGAUCUGAAGCUACGUUCGAAAUAUGUGGACUAGGUCUGAACUCCAUAUUUAUAAAAAGGAUAUUCAGCUUUGGACACCCAAUAGUGGAUGAAAAGUUGAGCAUCUAAUCUUAAAAAAUCAAAAUUAACCAAAGACUUUGGUUACAGUGGUGUAGUUGGUAGAGCUGUUGCCUCAGAGACUGGGGUUCGAUCCUGACCUCGGAUGCUGUUUAUGUGGAGUUUGCACAUUCUCCUCGUGUCCCUGUGUGUUUCUUUUCUCUGGGUGCUUCGGUUCACUCCCAUAUCCCAAAGACGAGGCGUUAAUUGGCCUUCGUAAAAUUGCUCCUAAUAAUAAACAUAAGUGCUGAGUAUUUUUUUUAAACUGAUGAAAGGCAGGGACAUAUUGAUGUUCAAAGGGACUUGGUUGUCCUAGUACACAAUUCUCCGCAAGCUAACUUACAGGUACUACAGGCAUUAAGGAAAGCCAAUAUAUGUAUGAGGAUCUAAGCAAAAGAAUACAGAUGUUUUAUGACCAUUUUUUUAGGCCUUGGUGCGACCACACAGAGUAUUGUGUACAAUUUUGGUUUUCUUUAUUUUCACUGUUUGCUCCUCACCCUUUCUGUCAGCUCAGUCUGCCACAGGAAGUGUCUGUUCUAAUCUACUGCCAUUUUUGAUGUUGAACACAAUGGACAAUCAAACACUCAAACUGAAUUAAACUGACACAAAGUCAAUCCAUAGCCCCUUUUCAAAAGAACAGAAUAAUUAUUUAGCCAGAAUGUCAACCGUGAAAACUCAGCAAAACUCAGCCCAUCAAAAAUCCAAAAACGGAUUUUAGUCUAUCAAAGUCUAUCAAUAAAUAAUAAUAAAAUCAGCUAGCGUACAUUCAACUUGCUGAGUAUUUAAUGGUAGUCUCAUAAACCGGUGUCUUGUUUUCUCAGUGUUAUACUACGGUUAAUUAACAAUACAUGUAAGAACCUAAAUUAUACUAAUGAAAACUGUUUUUACACUGAUCAAAGUGCUGAUCAUAUCCUAUAAUCCACAAAACACAAUUUUAAGAUCAAGCAUGGCCCAUGAAGUGAUGUUAAAAUUUGAUUAAUUUUUCCAUUCUUCUA